AUGGCAUCUGCAAAACCAACCACAUGCAAAGAAGCUAUACGGCGAUGGGAAGAAGAAGCCGGGCAGGAUGCGGCUUCGGCAACAGAAGUGAUCUUGAGCUUUCAGUGGCCGCCAAUAGAAAAAAUGGACAAUGCACUAGCGUCCUUGGUCAAUUGUGAAAAACUCUCAUUGUCGACGAACAUGAUCGAAAAAAUCGCAGGUAUCGGGACACUGAAAAAUCUAAAGAUCCUUUCUUUGGGUCGUAACUUAAUUAAAAGCUUCGCCGGUCUCGAAGCUUUAGGAGACACUCUCGAAGAACUGUGGAUUUCUUAUAAUUGCAUCGAGAAGAUGAAGGGCAUUCAGGCAAUGAAGAAUCUCCGUGUACUAUACAUGUCCAAUAACUUGGUGCGAGAAUGGAACGAAUUCGCGAGAUUACAGGAACUGCCGAAUCUGGGGGAUCUCGUCUUCGUUGGCAAUCCGUUGUACGAAAGUCUCGAGGUAGAGCAGUGGAGACUCGAGGUCGCACGUCGUUUGCCGAAUUUAGAAAAGCUCGACGGCGAACCUAUAAUACGAACGGAAGAAAAUCCAGUCGCUAUUCAAUCAGCGAAGAUCGCGGGAGAUAAUCUGCCACACGACUCGCUCGAUCAAGAAACCGGCUAA